AUGGCUCCUACGAAGGAAGAAGACAUCUGUAGCCAUGUGAAAGUGGUGGUCCGUGUCCGUCCAGAGACCCAGAAGGAAAGACAGGGCAACUUCAGCAAGGUUGUUCAGGUUGUUGACCAGCACGUGUUGGUCUUUGACCCAAAGGAGGAAGAAGUUAGCUUCUUACAUGGGAAGAGGCUGACCAACAGGGAUAUCAACAAAAGACAAAGGAAAGAUCUUAAGUUUAUGUUUGAUGCUGUUUUUGAUGAAAGUUCAUCCCAACUGGAAGUUUUUGAGCAUACUACCAAAACCCUAAUUGAUGGCUUCUUAAAUGGAUAUAACUGCACAGUGCUUGCAUAUGGUGCAACAGGAGCAGGAAAGACUCAUACAAUGUUAGGUUCUCCUGAAGAUCCCGGAGUGAUGUAUUUAACCAUGAUGACACUUUAUAACCGCAUUGACGAAAUAAAAGAGGAAAAAAUAUGCAAUGUUGCUGUGUCUUAUUUAGAGGUUUACAAUGAACAGAUCCAUGAUCUGCUGGUCAACUCAGGGCCCCUGGCUGUUCGUGAGGAUGGGCAGCAAGGAGUGGUAGUUCAAGGUCUGACAUUACAUCAGCCUAAAUCAGCAGAGGACAUCCUUCAGAUGUUGGAUUAUGGAAAUAAAAAUAGGACUCAGCAUCCCACAGAUGUGAAUGCCUCCUCUUCCCGGUCCCAUGCUGUCUUUCAGAUUUACCUCCAGCAGCAAGCUAAAUCAGCAAGUCUUAAGCAAAGUGUUCACGUGGCCAAAAUGAGUCUCAUUGACCUGGCAGGGUCUGAACGUGCCAGUGCAACUAAUGCCAAGGGGGCUCGUUUUGUAGAAGGAACAAACAUUAACCGCUCCCUGCUUGCUCUUGGGAAUGUCAUUAAUGCACUGGCAGAUCCAAAGAGCAAGAAACACAUUCCUUACCGAAACAGCAAACUUACUCGCUUACUGAAAGAUUCUCUUGGGGGAAACUGCAGGACAAUAAUGAUAGCUGCUGUCAGUCCAUCCUCUUUGUUCUAUGAUGACACCUAUAAUACCCUUAAGUAUGCAAACCGAGCAAAGGAUAUCAAGUCUUCUUUGAAGAGCAACGUUGUUAGUUUGGACAGUCACAUAAGCCAAUAUGUCAAAAUUUGCAACGAACAAAGGAAAGAGAUCCUAAUGUUGAAGGAGAAACUGAGACAAUAUGAAGAAAAGCAAGCAAGCAUUCCUGAAAAUCACAAUGCUGCAGAACCUUCAAACCAUCAGCAAGUGGAAAUAGGAAGAUACAAAGAAAUCCUUAAAAGUGUCUUUGCAAACCGUGGGGAAAUCCAACAAGAAUACCUCAAGGUGGAAAAGAAACUGAAAGAAAACACACUCAAGAAAUAUUACCAGGAUCAAUCUCAUGAACAAAUUCAACUGAUGUGCUCUGAAGAAAAGGUAGAAAAGGCCAUUUGCAAGCGAGAUCAAAGGCUUGCAGUGCUGAAAAUGAACUGCAUGCACAUGCAGAAGAAGAAAGAAGAGGCAGUCAAACACUUUGAGGAAAACACCAGUUGGCUGCACCGUGUUGAAAAUGAAAUGCGUCUCCUGGGGCAAGAUGGGUGUAUUCCAGAGGAACUUCAUAAAGAUCUGCAGUAUUGCCAUUUAAACCUAGAAGUUCAGGACCUGAAAGCCCAGAUUGAGCACAUGUUAUCUCUGGUGUCCCUUCAUGAUCAGUAUUAUAAGCAAACAGAAAAAGCACUAAAUGCUUUGCUUCCAGUUCUUCGCAAGCAAUACCUGAUGUUGAAAGAAGCUGGAUUGACAAAUGAUGUAGCUGAGACUGAGUUUGGGGAGGUUGAGCAGCUGAUUCAAAGGCAAAAAUCAGUAGCUUGGGCUGAUGAGAGUGCAAAAAAGGAUCAAAAUCAAAAGCAUGAAGUAGAGAUGUCAGUGAUCUGUGCAUUCCCACAGCUUGUGAGCAGACCAAACACCCCAUGCUGUACAUCAUCUGCCACCCCAUGCCGAGACGCAAACAAACAAUUACAACAAGUGUUUGAAUAUACAGAAAAUAAACCACCACAGAAGAGAUCUAGGAGGAAGCUGAUGGACUCUCCAGUCACAGCUGCAAGUCCAGCUGAAUCCAGGCAAUUUGGUCUCCAGCACCUGGAGGAUUCUCUCACCGAGGAAGUCUGCCCCAUUUUGUACACACCGGAAUCCUGCAGAAAGGCAGGACCAAGCUGCUGUACAGAGACUGUGGUAAAGAAGCCUUUGCACCUGGCAGGCCUAGAGGAAGUCAACAUCUCUAGUAUGGAGACACCAGUCACAAAGGCUAUUCUGGACACUACAUGUGAUGUGAUCCCAGAGUGCCCUGAAGGCAUCAUGAACUCAACAGUAAUUAUCUACGAAGGUACAGAUGAAACAGCUGAAGUGUCUACUGACUCGUCUGUGAAGGAGCCACAGUUGCUCAGCAGCAGCAUUGUGCAAAGACUUGAUCUCUCUUCCUUAAGAACCAAAACUUCUACUUCAACAACUGAGACCCCCUCGUACAUGGCGAUGACUUCUGCUGCUCAGAGGAAAAGAAAGGUAUUAAGCUCCACGUCGAACACUCCGCUGAGCAGUCUGCAAGGUCUCAGUUCUGCCAAACGUGUCCGACAGAGUGUCCCCCUGAGCUGCUCAGCUUUGCAAACACCUGAGAUGGCAAGAAUGAAAAUAAAGAGCAGGAACCAAGAACAGACUAUGCCCAGAAACUUCCUUAGAAGCCUUUCUCAAGGAAAUGUCGCGUUGGGCGUUAAAUCAAGGACAUCAAGAAGUCUUUUACUUCGUGUUUCCAAGAAAAAAGGCAGGAUUUAG